AUGACUCAGAUGACGCAAAUGGCGCCCAGGAUUACGGUGAAUCACCUCGAGUCGCAUUAUCAUCCUUCUGCGCCUGUCAUGACCUUCCUGGAAAGAGAAAACGAGCAAGAGUAUUCAACCCAGUCGCUGAGCCAUGACUCUGGCCACGGAAGUUCGGAACAAGAAGAGUCGCCGAGGUUCCAUUUGACGGGCGGAAGUCUGAGGGCCGGAAGUGCGCGGAAUCUCUGCCACGGGAUCCGUUCUUGGCGCCAGACUGAUGAUUGGCGUGCUGAAACGGGUCAAGGAUGGCCGAGGGGGGUUUAUGGAGCAGCAAGAGCCACGAGCCCUUGGAACCAUACUUACAGUGAGAUUGACGGGAAAAGAGUGUUUGAUGGACAAGACCCUGUUUAUGCCGAGAUUGACCACGAACACGAGCAACAGUUGAUUUUGGGUGGACUGCACCCGCAUCACCAGGCGCUGUUGAUGCACCGGCAGCAACAGCAGCAAGCCGGCGUGGAUUUUGGCAGGCAAAUCCACGACCCGAACUUGAUCGCUACCAUUAGGAAUGCGAUGAAGUCUCCUUCGCCGCACAAACGCACAGGAAUGCGCCAAAGCCUCAAGUUAUCUCCGGGAAUAGUGCCAUCAACCAUGUCGGAGCACGCGAGCCGGAGCAACACGCCGAGCGCACUUAGCGACGCGGAGAAAUUAGCGCUGGCUAAUGACCACGCAAUCACCUCGUCUCCCAUGCAUAGGAUAAACGUGAUCGACACUCUCGUUAGUCAAAUUUGAGUGCCCAUCAAGAGAGAGAGACGCGGAGGAAGCGAAGGAGAAAAGGCAUCGCGUUUUUAUGAUCCUUUUGUCGGAAGUGAGUUAUUUGCGCGAUUCGUCGUGGGCUGUGAUCGACACCGUUUUUUUGUUUGUUUGUUUGUCUGUCGAUGAAUUUUUUUUUUUGUGGCGAGGAUAAUAACUUUUUGAAAGUUUACCACAGGUCUCUGAACUGAGAAAACGAGAGAUUUCUGUUGGAUUAAAAAAAAAAGUAUGAAAGAUAUGAUGAACCGGAGCUUCGGCUGACUUUUGCUUCCGGAAAGGACGCGCGAUUUUUUUUGUUUUUGGUUUCAUGGAAAUUUGAGUGUUUUCUCAGGUGCUGUGAUACGUUUGGAUUUGGCGAAAUUUUUGGUAUGCGUGAUGAUCAUGAUGAUUUAUUUCCGUGGUUGAUAUGUUCUCGUUUUUUUUUAUUCGUCUCCCGUUUUCUUUUUUUUUUUCACGUCAUGAACUGUGGGCAAAAGUGAUUUCCAUGGGCUCGACUAAACGGAUCGAAAGUCGAGUUAAUGUGCUUCUUGGAUUUGCAGAAGCGAAUGAAAAAAGGCCAACACGUGCCAUUGCUUUCUGAUGUUCGGUAUGUCAUGGUUUCUUGCCGAUGAGGAAAUAAAAACUGCUUGCAUCAAAAAAA